UAAUCCGAAUCUAGGAGGAAAGAAAUUAUGCUUCAGGUUCCUUCUAUAUGGCUUCUUGUUGAGUCUUUGAGUCCAUGGUCAAACCCCAUGGCCUGAGCCAGUCAACAUGGGCGGCUCACCAGCCCCUUGCUUCAAUUGCCUCUCAUUUUCUCAGCAAAUAACAUCACAGCGCUAAACCAGAAAAAAGGAAUUUGAUUAAUAUUAAGUUUAUUUCCUAAUUAACAUUAAUUAAACAAUGUUUUAGAAACAUUACUGUUGGGAAACGUUUCUUCAAAGCUUGGUCUAUGUUCUUAAGUGCAGGCGCUGGUGUUAUUCAACUGACCUUUGUUUUUCUUUGAUGGGUGUUUAAGCAGCUCAUUACUGCUAUGGUAAAACUUUGCUGACAAAGAUGAAGAAGAAGAAGAACCAAGCUUUUUCAUGGCGCUUCACUUUCUUUAUGUUCUUAGUCCUCCUGAUUACAGGCACUGUUGUUGCUGCUGGGGAUUCUUUAGACACGGACAAACAUGUUCUGCUGAAGCUGAAAUCAUACCUGGAAGAACAGAAUCGUGUAAACCGAGGACGGUACUCGGAGUGGGAUACCAGAAACUCAACACCAUGUCAGUGGUACGGUGUCUCAUGUUCCCCUGAUGGCCAAAGAGUCAUUGGUAUAAACCUUUCUGACAACAAUAUUUCCGGGGAUAUGUUCAAUCAAUUCUCGGCCUUAACUGAACUCCGAGAACUCGACCUCUCGGGAAACACCAUCGGUGGAGCGAUUCCAGAGGAUCUGAACCGAUGCAGCAGCCUGGUAUACCUUAACUUAUCACAUAAUAUCCUAGAAGGAGAGCUGAAGUUGACAGGGUUGAAUAGUUUAGAGAAGCUCGAUUUGUCUAUGAAUAGGAGGAUUGAAGGGGAUAUUGAAGUUAGUUUCCCAGCAAUUUGCAAGAGAUUGGUUAUUGCAAACCUUUCAACUAAUAAUUUCAGUGGUACGAUAGAUAAGUGCUUUGAUGAAUGCUGGAAUCUGCAGUAUUUGGAUUUGAGUUCCAAUAAUUUUGUUGGCCAAAUAUGGAGUGGAUUUGCAAGGCUUGUCGAGUAUUCGGUUUCUGAAAAUUCUGUUUCCGGGGCACUUUCGGGAUCAAUGUUCACAAACAAUUGUAGUUUGCAGGUUUUGGACCUUUCAGAAAACAACUUAGAGGGUCAGCUUCCAGGGGAGAUUUCUAACUGCAAGAAUUUGGCUGUGUUGAACUUAUGGGGAAACCAUUUUACGGGGAAAAUUCCAUCGGAGAUCGGAAUGAUUUCAAGUCUGGAAGGCUUGUUCUUGGGGAAAAACAGCUUUUCUAAUGUAAUACCAGAAUCCUUAAUGAACCUCACAAACUUGGCUUUUUUGGAUUUAAGCAAGAACAACUUUGGUGGGAAGAUACAAGAGAUUUUUGGGAGGUUCACACAGGUGAAGUUCCUUUUGUUACACGGAAAUGCAUACACGGGAGGGAUUAUAUCUUCCGGCAUUCUCAAAUUGCCAAAGGUUUCACGUUUAGACCUGAGUUUCAACAACUUCUCUGGUCCUUUACCUAUUGAAAUCUCUGAAAUGAAGAGCUUGAAUUUCUUGACGUUGGCUUACAACCAGUUUACAGGUGGUAUACCACCUGAGUAUGGUAACUUGCCUCAGUUACAAGCCCUUGAUCUCUCCUUCAACCAGCUUACAGGAUCGAUUCCACUAGCCCUUGGAAAACUGAGCACUCUCUUGUGGUUGAUGCUUGCAAACAACUCUCUUACGGGUGACAUUCCACCUGAGAUUGGAAACUGCAGUAGCUUGUUAUGGCUAAACCUUGCCAACAAUCAACUUUCUGGGGAAAUCCCUCCAGAGUUGGCUAAGAUUGGGAGAAAUGCUACCCAAACUUUCGAGUCGAACAGGCUACGAAAUGACCGGAUAAUUCCUGGUUCGGGUGAGUGCUUGUCAAUGAAGAGGUGGAUACCAGCAGAUUAUCCACCUUUCAGUUUUGUGUAUACAAUUCUCACUAAGAAGACUUGCAGAAGCUUAUGGGAUCAGUUGCUUAAAGGACAUGGAAUUUUCCAAGUAUGCACCGCAGGUUCAACAGUGAGGACAGAUCAAAUCUCGGGUUAUUUGCAACUUAGUGGGAAUCAGUUGUCGGGUCAGAUCCCUUUAGAUAUCGGCAUGAUGCAGAAUUUCAGUAUGCUUCACUUUGGUUUCAAUGACCUCAAUGGUAAACUGCCUGCAAACAUCGGACAGUUGCCGCUUGUAGUCCUAAACAUAACCCGAAACCGAUUUUCAGGAGAAAUUCCAGAUGAGAUUGGUAAUAUGAAAUGCUUACUGAAUCUAGAUUUGUCAUUCAAUAACUUUUCUGGCAUAUUUCCAACGAGCUUCAACAACUUGACUGAGCUGAGCAAGUUCAACAUUUCAUACAAUCCGCUCAUUUCUGGUGUAAUUCCGGCAACCGGUCAAUUGGCUACCUUCGAGAAAGAGUCUUACCUCGGGGAUCCGCUUCUCGAUGUUCCGGAUUUUAUCGACAAUGGAACAUCUCGCCCGCAAAAGUACAAUUCAAUGCAUAAAAGAUCUGCCAAGUUGGCUGUGUUCUUGGCGUUGUUAUCUUUGAUACUGGCCUUUUUUGUUUUUGGGGUUCUAACGCUCGUAGCUUGCGUUUUGGUGAAAGGUCCAGAAGAACCACACGGAUAUCUCUUACAGGAUAUUAAAUAUCGACAUGAACUAGCUUCGAGCUCUGGAGGGUCAUCACCAUGGUUAUCGGAUACUGUCAAGGUCAUCCGUUUGGACAAAACAGCUUUCACGCAUGCAGAUAUUUUGAAGGCUACAGGCAAUUUUUCGGAGAACAGGAUUAUCGGAAAGGGAGGAUUUGGAACGGUGUACCGAGGUGUAUUGUCAGAUGGGAGAGAAGUGGCAGUGAAAAAGCUACAACGAGAAGGAAUCCAGGGUGAAAGGGAGUUCCGGGCUGAGAUGGAGGUACUUAGUGGCAAUAGCUUUGGUUGGCCACACCCUAACCUUGUAACACUAUAUGGCUGGUGCCUUGAUGGCUUAGAGAAAAUAUUGGUUUAUGAGUAUAUGGAAGGUGGGAGCCUCGAGGACAUUAUAUCGGAUCGGUUGUGGUUCACAUGGCGGAGAAGGAUUGAUGUGGCGGUUGAUAUUGCAAGAGCAUUAGUGUUCCUACAUCAUGAAUGCUACCCUGCAAUCGUGCAUAGAGAUGUCAAGGCCAGCAAUGUCCUGCUAGAUAAAGAUGGGACCGCAAGAGUCACGGAUUUCGGUUUGGCUAGAUUUGUCGACGUCGGAGAUAGCCAUGUGAGCACUAUCGUAGCAGGAACUAUUGGUUAUGUAGCACCGGAAUACGGGCAAACUUGGCAAGCUACUACAAAAGGUGAUGUGUACAGUUAUGGGGUAUUAGCAAUGGAACUAGCAACUGGAAGGCGAGCAGUGGAUGGAGGGGAAGAAUGCCUGGUUGAAUGGGCCAGACGUAUGAUGGGAAAUGGCCGAAACGGGUUAGGCCGAGCUGUGAUACCGGUUGUGCUUUUCGGAUCAGGGCUAGCUGAUGGUGCGGAGGAGAUGUGCGAGCUGCUUCGAGUCGGGGUCCAAUGCACAGCAGAAGCUCCACAAGCUAGACCAAACAUGAAAGAGGUGCUAGCUAUGCUAAUUAGAAUAACAAGCAGUAACGGUCAAAAUCUCAAGUGUUCAUAGUGUUGGUAUGUGAAAGGGGUAUACAAAAUAGUAAACAGGUUUAAAUACACGUAUAUUUUCAUGUACUGAUUCUUCUUGUAAAGGGAUUUCUCCAUUCAUCAAUGUUGACAAAGAAUGAAAUCAAAUUUUUGUUCCAAGCAA